AUGAGUUACCCACAACAAAACGUUUCAGUAGAUUACACAGAUAUGGAGAAUGAAGGAAAUGGAAACAUAAAAUUAGAAGACAAUGAUUAUUUUAAUUAUUCUGGGAAAGACAAAAAAGCACAAGAUGAAAGUAAUACGUCAGAUAAAUAUAUAAAACCUGUAGAGAAAGAUAAUGCAGAUAUAACAUAUACAAAAGGUCAAGAUAAUUUAGAAAAUAAUAACCAAGUAAAUAAUAAUUAUGAUACUCAAGGAAUCAUGGAAUAUAAAAGUAAUAAUGAAAAUCCUAACAUGUUAUCAAAUUCUUUAAAAAAGGAACAAGGUGGAUUAUAUGAAAAUGGAAAUAACAUUGAAAUAGUUGGAGAAGAAAAUAUAGAAUCUGAUAUAUCAUCAAAAGACACAAAUAAAAUGAAGAUUCAAAAUUAUAAUGAUGAUAAAGAAAAUGAAGAUACCAUUAAUGAUGUAAAUAAUUAUAAUAAUGAAGUAUAUAAACUUAUAAACAAAGAUAACAUACAUGAAAAUGAAAAAAUAAUAGUUGGUGAAGAUGAAGAAGAAGAUAUGACACAUGAUAUAAAUAAUGAAUAUGAUGAAGAACAUUGUAAUAAUAUAGGGAAAAGAAAAGCUAAACGUAAAAGUUAUAAUAAUAAUAAUAAUAAUUAUUAUACUUACAAACAUCAUAAUAAUGAUUACUAUAAUAAUAAUAAUAAUAAUAAUAAUAAUAUUUAUGGUGAAAAGAAUUAUCAUAUGGAACAUAAUAAAAAUAGCAUAGAGUUACACAAAAUUAAAAAUAAAGAAUUAGAUAAAGGAAAGAAAAACAAAGGAAAAAAUAAUAAUACCAAUAAUAAAAGCAAAAACAAAUUUUUCUUUUUAUUCAGAAAGAAAGGAUCUAUAGCUUCUAGUUCUCAUGAUAAAGAAAAUGAAUACAUUAUGAAAUCAAAUAAAAAUAAAAAUGAAAAUUUCUUUAAUAAAGAUGAUCAAUUUGUAAAAAAUGAUGAUAACCAAAAUUUAGAUAUUUCUUAUAAUAAUAAUAAUAAUAAUAAUAAUAAUAAUAAUAAUACCAAUUUGGAUAGAGAAAAAGUUAUGAAUUUAAUUAAUAAAUAUAAUAAUAUUAAGAAAAAAAAUUCAGAACAAAAUACUAUUUAUAAUAAUUCAUCUAUUACAAAUACCAUAAAAACAAGUGAAUAUGAUGUAGAAAAAAAUGAUCUCAAUAUACAAAAUGAUGAAAAUAUUUGUUCUAGAGAAAAUCGUAUAUAUUCCAUGAAAACCGAUGAUAAUAUAAUUUUCGAAUUUCAAAAAGAACAUAUGAAUGAUAUUAAUUAUCCCAAAAAUAUUAGUCAAAUUACAAUAAAAACAAAUGAUGAUGAAAAGAAAAAAACAUGUUAUCCAGAUAAAAACGAAAAGAAAACAUAUAGUUUUGAAAAAAUCAAAUCUUUUGUAUCUAAUAAUACAUAUUUAAAAGAUAAGAAAAGUUUAAUUUUAGAAAAAAAAUCACAAAUUUCUAAAGAAUUAAAUUUUUUCUGUUCUAAUUAUAAUAUCUUAUUAUGUUUCCUAUUAUAUGUUAUCUGCUUCGGAUUUGUUAUAUCCUCCUUGUGUUAUGAUUCAUGGAAAAUGCAUGAAAUUACCUUAAAAUCAUUAAAUAAAGAAAAAUCAGUUGAAAUACAUAUAGGUGCAACCAAUAUUAGAAGAAUCCAAAAAGUAUCAGAAAACAACGGAGAUGUUAUUCUUUCUAUUGACAAAGAACAAACUAUAGGAUCAUUGAUCGAAAAUAAUAUUUGUACACCAAUAAAAAAAGACACAUUAGAAAACUUCUUAAAAGAAUUAGCACAACAAGAAAAAUUAAUAUCAGAUAAAAAAAAAACAGAUAUUAAGAGGGAAUUAACAGAUGAUGCCUUAAUGGUUACUCUGAAAAAUCCAGGAGAUGUUGGUUUAUUAACAGAUGAAAAAAUUAUAUUAGCUCGUAAAUAUAUAUUUGGACCAACCAUAUAUAAUUUAGAAUGCAAAUUCUUAGAAAAAUUGAAAAAAGCUGGUAGCUUUCAUCUAAUUCUUUUAUAUGCUAUAUUAGUAUUCUUAUUUAUAUCAAUCUCCUUAUUAUUACAUAUACUUCUUAAGUAUAAAACAGUCAAAAAAGUACAACAAAUUAAAUAUGCUUCUUUUGUUCUAGUGAAUUUAGCAUUAAUUACAUUAAUUUCUUCAAUUUUUUCUAUAAAUAGAGAAUAUAAUAUACCUCUUUGUGUACAAAAUGAUGGAAGUUCAGAUAUAUGUAUGGAUGGAAAAUCGACAUACUUAAUUCGUUCUUCUAUCAUCUUACUUAUAUUCUCCAAUUUAUUUUUCUGCAAAUUUAUAAAUUUUGUGCAUAACAAAAGCCACACCAUAGAAGGUUCCAUGGUAUAA